AUGGCGGCCAGAGGGGGCUUUCAGUCAGCACCAGCCGGUGGAGGAGGAGGCGUAAUGGGUCCCGGACCUCCAGUACCGGGCGCGGGGCCAGGCAUGGGCCCAGGGACUCCCUCUGGAAGGAUGGGACCGUCACCGGCCGCGCAGAAUCACAUGUACCGCUCCCCAAUGCCCGGGCCUGGGUACCCGAGACCAGGCAUGCCUCCAUCUAGCCGCAUGACCCCGCAGGGACCCGCCAUGGGCCCCCCAGGCUACGGCGGCAGUCCGGUGUCACGCCCGGGGAUGCCCGGCGUGAUGGACCCGUCUCGCAAGAGGCCCGCCCCGCAGCAGAUCCAGCAGGUUCAGCAGCAGAGCCGCAACCAGCAUACGAAGAAAAAGAAGAUGGCUGAUAAAAUUCUACCUCAGAGAAUCAGGGAACUGGUCCCGGAGUCUCAGGCUUACAUGGAUCUCUUAGCCUUUGAGAGGAAGCUGGACCAGACCAUUAUGCGCAAAAGGUUGGACAUCCAGGAGGCCCUCAAAAGGCCCAUCAAGCAAAAGAGAAAGCUUCGUAUCUUCAUAUCAAACACCUUCAAUCCAGCCAAACCUGAUGCUGAGGAUGGCGAAGGCACUGUUGCAUCAUGGGAGCUUCGUGUGGAGGGGCGUCUGCUGGAAGAUACAGCUGUAUCCAAGUAUGAAGCCACGAAACAGAAGAGAAAGUUCUCCUCCUUCUUCAAGUCUCUGGUGAUAGAAUUGGACAAGGACCUUUAUGGUCCAGAUAAUCAUCUUGUGGAAUGGCACAGAACGGCGACCACCCAGGAGACAGACGGCUUCCAGGUAAAGCGGCCCGGCGACGUUGGCGUUCGCUGCACCGUCUUGCUCAUGCUGGAUUACCAGCCGCCGCAGUUUAAGCUGGAUCCUCGCCUGGCUCGCAUGCUGGGCAUCCACACCCAAACGCGACCAGUCAUCAUCCAAGCAUUGUGGCAGUACGUCAAGACUCACAAGCUGCAGGACCCCCACGAGAGGGAGUUCAUCAAUUGCGAUAAGUACCUUCAGCAGAUCUUCGAAACCCAAAGGAUGAAGUUUUCCGAAAUCCCGCAGCGCCUUCACGCGCUGCUGAUGCCUCCUGAGCCCAUAAUCAUUAACCAUGUCAUCAGUGUGGACCCCAACGACCAAAAGAAAACGGCGUGCUAUGACAUUGACGUGGAGGUGGAUGACACUCUGAAGACCCAGAUGAACUCCUUUCUGUUGUCGACUGCCAGUCAGCAGGAGAUCGCAGGCUUGGACAACAAGAUCCACGAAACCAUCGAGACCAUCAAUCACCUGAAGACCCAGCGAGAAUUCAUGCUCAGCUUCGCCAGAGACCCUCAGGGCUUCAUCAAUGACUGGCUGCAGUCGCAGUGCAGAGACCUCAAGACCAUGACGGACGUAGUGAGCAACCCCGAGGAAGAGAGACGGGCCGAGUUCUACUACCAACCGUGGGCUCAGGAGGCCGUGUGCCGCUACUUCUACUCCAAGGUGCAGCAGAGACGGCAGGAACUGGAGCAGGCACUCGGAAUCAGGAACACCUAA